AUGCUUGACACUGAAUGCCUCAAUGAGGUUCUCACCUCCGCCAACAAUGUAGAUCGUGCCAUCUUUGUGGAAGCAAUAGAUAUUGCCUCUGCCUCCUUGGAAUGUGCCAAUAUCUAUAUAACGACCAUCGUGAACGUCAAGCUGGAUGAUUCUGGUUCCUCCAAGCAGAUAGAUGUAUCUUUUACCGUCGAAGCAACAUGCCACGCUUGUAAAUCCUUGCUUGAAUCCGGCAUAGAGUUCCCAUGUACCACUCUGGAUGCUAUAGCGUUCGUAUGA